AUGGAACACAGCAGCAACCGCCCAGACGACUUCCCGCUUAAUGUGUUCUCUGUCACUCCUUACACACCCAGUACUGCCGACAUCCAGGUGUCUGACGAUGAUAAGGCAGGGGCUACCUUGCUCUUCUCAGGCAUCUUUCUGGGAUUGGUAGGGAUCACAUUCACUGUCAUGGGCUGGAUCAAGUACCAGGGUGUCUCCCACUUUGAAUGGACCCAGCUCCUCGGGCCCAUCCUGCUCUCAGUGGGGGUCACCUUCAUCCUGAUUGCUGUGUGCAAGUUCAAAAUGCUCUCCUGCCAGUGGUGCAAAGAAAAUGAGGAAAGGGGCCUGGACUUGGAACAGACCUCGGGUGGACAGUCGUUCGUUUUCACCGGCAUCAACCAGCCGAUCACGUUCCAUGGGGCAACUGUGGUGCAGUACAUUCCUCCUCCUUACGGAUCUACGGAGCCCCUGGGGAUGAAUACUACCUACCUGCAGCCCAUGGUGAACCCAUGUGGUCUCAUACCUUCCAGCGGAGCAGUGGCUGCCUCACCGAAUCCCCCUCAGUACUACGCUAUUUACCCUCAGGAUAACGCUGCAUUUGUGGAGGGUGAGGACUACCCUCCUUUUGUGGCUGGAGGAAAUGACAGACCCAGCCCUGACGCUGACCAGCCAGAAGGGACACAGAUGGAAGAGGACAACUCUGCUUGCUUCUCUCCUCCUCCCUAUGAGGAAAUAUAUGCCCUCCCUCGCUAG